AUGGAUCACAUUCACACAAUCUUCGCGUCUGACAGAGAUGUUAGCAGAGGUCUGGAUGAUCUCGGCCCUAGUUGGCCACCACCCAAGUCAGCUGAUCCGUCAGUGUUCGACCAGUUUUUGUGGGAAACCCUCAAGGCUAAGACAUAUCGCGAAAUCUUCUCCAGUCUUCCAGAACAGCAGCAGAACAUUUCUGAUGAGAAGUUGCAGCCAUUCCAACGGUUCUGCUUUGAUCUGCUUUCCGCCAUUUGCUGA